AUCGGACCCCCAGGCGGGGCGACAGGCAUCGGGCCCCCAGGCGGGGCGACAGGCAUCGGGCCCCCAGGCGGGGCGACGGGCAUCGGACCCCCAGGCGGGGCGGCGGGCGCCGGACCCCCAGGCGGGGCGACAGGCAUCGGGCCCCCAGGCGGAGCGGCGGGCGCCAGACCCCCAGGCGGAACUACAGGUCUCGGGCCCUCAGGCGGAGCGGCGGGCGCCGGACCCCCGGGUGGAGCGAUAGGUCUCGGGCCCUCAGGCGGAGCGGCGGGCGCCGGACCCCCAGGCGGAGCGACAGGUCUCGGGCCCUCAGGCGGAGCGGCGGGCGCCGGACCCCCAGGUGGAGCGACAGGUCUCGGGCCCUCAGGCGGAGCGGCGGGCGCCGGACCCCCAGGUGGAGCGACAGGUCUCGGGCCCUCAGGCGGAGCGGCGGGCGCCGGCCGGACCCCAGGUGGAGCGACAGGUCUCGGGCCCUCAGGCGGAGCGGCGGGCGCCGGACCCCCAGGCGGAGCAGCGGGCACCGAGUCACCAGGCACGACAGUGGGCUCCGAGUCACCAGGCAUGACCGCUGGCACUAGGUCAGACAUUGGAUCGUCUGGUCUGGCUGGACAGCGGGCAUCGGGUCACCAGGCAUCAGGUCAUUUGGCUCGACAGCGGGCACCGUGUCAUCUGGCAAGGCAGUGGGCUCCGAGUCAACUGGUAUGACCGCGGGCACUGGGUCAGACAUUGGAUCGUCUGACCGGACAGCGGGCAUCGGGUCACCAGGCAUCAGGUCAUUUGGCUCGACAGCGGGCACCGCGUCAUCUGGCAAGGCAGUGGGCUCCGAGUCAACAGGCACGACAGUGGGCACCGGGUCAUCAGGCAUUGGAUCGUCUGGCUCGACAGCGGGCAU